GCCCCCUGCCCAAGCUGUCGCGGAGCUUACCGGGAAGGGAGCCGAAGUCCGGUCACCUUUAAGGGGUCUAAAAGGGUUGUGGCCUAAUUAUCGUGUCCAGAUGUGGUUCGAGAUUCUCCCUGGAUUGGCCGCCAUGGGCGUGUGCUUGCUCAUUCCCGGAGUGGGCACUGCCUACAUCCACAAGUUCACCAAUGGGGGCAAGGAAAAAAGGGUUGCCCAUUAUCCCUAUUUCUGGAGUUUGAUGGAAAGAGACAGACGUGUCUCCGGAGUUAAUCGUUACUAUAUGUCAAAGGGUUUGGAGAACAUUGAUUAAGGAAGCAUUUUCCUGACUGAUGAAAAAAUGACUGAGUUGUGGUCAUUUACCCUUGCUAGAAGGUUAUGAAGUAUAUUAUGUAGCAUGCAGUGUGCUAUGUAGUGCUUAAUGGAAAUAAAAUGAACAGAAAUCAAA